AUGUUUGCUGCUGCUACCAAGAGCUUUGUCAAGCAAGUUGGAGAUGGAGGGAGAUUAGUUCCUGUUCCAAGCCUCAGUGAGGCUGACAAAUACCAACCUCUAAGUCUGGUGGUAAAAAAGAAGCGAUGCUUUUUCUUUCCCAGAUAUAAAUUUACUUCAACACCUUUUACACUGAAAGAUAUUCUUCUAGGAGACAGAGAAAUUUCAGCUGGUAUUUCAUCUUAUCAGUUACUGAAUUAUGAAGAUGAAUCAGAUGUUUCACUCUAUGGAAGGCGAGGCAACCAUAUUGUGAAUGAUGUUGGGAUUAAUGUCACUGGAUCAGAUUCUGUUGCAGUGAAAGCUUCAUUUGGUGUGGUGACCAAACAUGAAGUGGAAGUAUCGACAUUACUCAAGGAAAUUACUACACGAAAAAUUAAUUUUGACCACAGCUUGAUACGUCAGACAAAAAGCAGCAGAAAGGCAGUAUUGUGUGUGGUCAUGGAAAGCAUUCGAACCACACGACAGUGCUCCCUGUCUGUGCAUGCUGGAAUUCGUGGGGAAGCCAUGCGGUUUCAUUUUAUGGAUGAACAGAAUCCCAAGGGAAGGGACAAAGCUAUUGUUUUUCCAGCACACACAACCAUAGCUUUCAGUGUUUUUGAACUCUUCGUUUACUUGGAUGGUGCCUUUGACCUUUGUGUCACUUCAGUGUCAAAAGGAGGUUUUGAAAGGGAAGAAACUGCAACGUUUGCGCUGCUCUACAGAUUGAGGAAUAUACUAUUUGAGAGAAAUAGAAGAGUGAUGGAUGCCAUUUCUCGUUCACAGCUUUACUUAGAUGAUCUUUUUUCUGACUACUAUGACAAACCUCUCGGCAUGACUGAUAUUUCUCUCAAAGAAGGGACUCAUAUCCGAGUUAACUUACUUAAUCACAACAUUCCAAAAGGACCUUGCAUACUCUGUGGAAUGGGGAACUUCAAAAGGGAGACAGUUUAUGGGUGCUUUCAGUGCUCCGUCGAUGGGCAGAAGUAUGUGAGACUUCAUGCAGUUCCUUGUUUUGAUGUUUGGCACAAGAGGAUGAAAUAA